GCGCAGAAGAGCAGCGCAUGCGCCUUGGCUUACGGCAGGACAGGGAAGGACCCGCUGUGACCUACAGGAGGAGAACAUGGCGGCGUCCGUGGGGCUCGCUCAGAAGGUACGCCACUUCAGUACCUCUUUGGUUAGGCCAGCAUCAAAACUGGUGCAGCCCCCAAUUCAAGUGUAUGGAUUGGAAGGACGAUAUGCCACUGCACUUUACUCAGCUGCUUCUAAGCAGAAGAAGUUGGAAAAUGUAGAAAAGGAGCUGACUCGGGUGUUGACGCUAAUGAAGGACCCCAAAUUAUCUGCUGUUGUUAUGAAUCCUCACGUAAAAGGUUCAGUAAAACAAAAGACUGUUAAUGAUGUUCUGCUGAAAGAGAAGGUAUCUCCUAUCACUGUCAAUUUUUUCAAUGUCCUUGCUGAAAAUGGUCGCCUGAGCUACACUCCAAGUGUAAUCUCUGCGUUUGGUAGGAUCAUGAGUGCACAUCGUGGAGAGGUCUUGUGCUCUGUGACAACUGCUCAGGCCUUGGAUGAAGCCAGUAUUACUGAGUUGAAAACAACUCUGAAUGGCUUUCUAGCUAAGGGAGAAGUACUGAAGCUGGAAACAAAGACUGACUCAUCUAUCUUAGGAGGAAUGAUUGUCAGCAUUGGUGAUAAAUAUAUUGACAUGUCUACAAAGACCAAGAUUCAGAAGCUGUCCAAGAUCAUGAAAGAGACUAUCUAGUGAUCAUCCAGAUAUAUUUUUUUCAUGAAAACCUAUUCAACUCUCUUAUGGAAAUAAUAAAAAUGGCUCUCCUUCAA